UGCAGUGUCAUAUCUUUGUGUAGCAUCUCAUUUUCUCCCUUAAUGAAUUCCAAUCACUAUCAAAUGGCAGCCUUUGCUUAUAACCAGCAGCAGUUUGUUCUUGACUCGUUUCUUGUGCCAAACACCUCGAACAACAUGCUGAUGCAUAGCAUAUCUCAUGAUAAUCAUAAUAGUACUCAGACUACAACCUUUACCACCGAAACUUGUUUUCCUCAAAUUCCGCCUAAUCAUCAUCAUCAAUCUCUUCAGGAGAUUCCUUUGCAUCCUCAAAUCCAUGAAACUUCCACUGUUAAACUUUCUUCUUCAUGUACUAGUACUACUACUACUGACCUUUCUUUUAUUGUAAAACAAGGUUCAGUUUCAUCAGCCAUGGUGGGUGAGCUUGCUGGAGGUGAUCAAGUUUCUCAGGUGGGUUUCAGCUCAAUGGAUAAGAAGAGAAAGAGCAUGGAAAUGAAGGUAGAAAUGGUAGGCAAAGGUGAUGAGAAAGAAAGAAAGUACAGUGGUAACCCAAGAAAGGCUGAGGACAGAAGGGUGAAACGUGCUCCAAAGAAACAGAAGAAAGUUCCUGAAGAAGUUCCAAGUGGUUUUGUCCAUGUAAGAGCAAGGAGAGGUCAAGCAACAGACAGUCACAGCUUAGCUGAGAGGGUGAGAAGACAAAAAAUUAGUGUGAGGAUGAAACUAUUGCAAUCACUUGUUCCAGGGUGUGAUAAGGUAACAGGCAAGGCUUUAAUAUUGGAUGAAAUUAUUAAAUAUGUCCAAACCCUACAGUCUCAAGUAGAGUACCUGGCUGCAAAACUUACUUCUGUAUAUCCCACAUUUAAUGACUUUGACCUGGACUUCGAUACAAACACACUUACCCAGGAGAAGACUUGUUGUUUGGAUUUUCAAUUGCCACCUGUUCUAGAAUCCAACUCCACCCAGCUCACAUCUUUCCCUGAGAAAAUCAAUACUCUAAAUUCCCAGCUGUUACCUCUUGAUCAGGAGCAAAGAUCCAACAUUUCCUUUCAGGAUAAUGAUAAUCUGCUGUGGGGCACAGACAGCAACCGGAAACAUGAACUGGCUAAUUACUGUGGAUUAGACGGUUGGAGCUCUCUCUAGCGAAUUUUUGGUUAAUUUCUUUGCAGGAAAAAAUAUCACUGAGGAAACAGAAAACAACUGAGAAAAAGCCAGGCAAAAUAAAUGCUGAUCUACCAAUUUAUAUCCAAGGAUAGGAGUUACGCACAUAAUCUCCUGUAAUUUGAAGAGAACUUUCUGCUUUUCAUUUCAUUCGUUAAAAGAAUAGAGUCGCAUGCAUGUUAUCUUCCGGAUUCUAAAUUAUGAUGAGUUCAUUAUAUUGCUGCUGAGAAGUAGUUGCCA